AAGCACGUGUCAUGGCUGGCUGAGUGUGCACGUUCGCACGCCCACUAUCGGCAAGGAGGGUCUAAUCCCGGACUUUGGGCUGCAGUCGCUCGGCACAGAACUCCAAAGACUCCAUCCGAGAGCGCAAGGAAACCUACGUCAUGUCUGUCCUCACUCACCUGCUGGCGUGCCUGUUCGGCAUGGGCUCCUGGGUCUCCAUCAAUGGCCUGUGGGUGGAGCUGCCCCUGAUCGUCCCCCACAUUCCGGAAGGCUGGUACCUUCCGUCCUACCUUUCCGUUCUAAUCCAGAUGGCCAACGUAGGUCCGCUAUUCGUCACCCUGAUGCACCGUUUCCGUCCGGAAUCCCUCAACGAGGCGGCCGUCAUUUACGUCAUCGUCGCCCUCGGCACUGUGGCCAGCCUCCUGUUGGGUUUCUUCUGGAAGGAGACGGUCGUAGUGACGGGCGCUCCUCACAGUGUGCCUCUGCUCGUGCUCACCUUCUUCCUCGCUGCCGUCGACUGCACCUCCUCUGUGACCUUCCUGCCCUUCAUGAUGCGACUCCAGCGUCAGUACCUCACCACCUACUACAUCGGCGAGGGAGUGAGCGGACUGCUGCCGGCUGUGGUAGCACUCAUCCAGGGUGUCGGUGUGGUUCACUGUGUCAACGGUACUCAGUCUCAGAACCAGACCCACAACGCCACCAAUUUCUCUACGACGGUUGAACUCUUGGCUCAGCACCAGCCGGCCAACUUCUCAGCGGAGGUGUUUUUCUUCUUCUUGAGCGCCAUGAUGCUCGUGUGCCUGCUGGCCUUCCUACUGUUGAACCAUCAUCCUGCGGUGGCAAGGGAGACACCCAAAGGCCAGUACACCAACGGGGUACAGAAGAAGAAAUGGGUCGAGAAGAGGCCCAUGAUGGAUCCCUACCCACCCUCAAGCCAGAAGUGCAGGAGCAGUUUUGGCACCGGGACUUACAGCUGGAUGCAGGUGUUCUACAUCUUUGGGAUUCUGGCGUGGACCAACGCUCUAACCAAUGUGGUGCUGCCCUCGGUGCAGUCGUACUCGUGCAUGCCGUACGGGAACAACGUCUACCACUUGUCUGCCACCUUGGCGGCCGUGUCCAAUCCUCUGGCCUGUUUCAUCGCCAUGUUCUUCCAGAUAAGAUCCUUUUGGCUGAUGGGGGCGCUCACGUUGCUUGGCAGCGGUGUGGGGGCUUUUAUAAUAAGCAUGGCUGCUCUGAGUCCGUGUCCCCUGCUGGUGAACGACAACUCGGGUGGAGUCAUCAUGGUGUUGGCGUGGAUAGUCUUCGUUCUUACGCUCUCCUACGUCAAGGUGGUCAUCGGCGUGAUCCUGCGUGAUGAGGGUCACAGCGCCCUCGUGUGGUGCGGCGCCGUGGUGCAGCUGGGCUCCCUGCUGGGUGCUGUGACCAUGUUCCCGCUGGUGAGCGUGUACGGCUUGUUCGCGUCGGGCGACCCGUGCAACACCAGAUGUCCUUGAAGGAGGGGGGCAAGUUGAGGGAGGUCAGGUCGCAGCAUUGCAGCUGUUACAUGCUAACAUGAUGAUGUCCACACGUGUGCCAAGUGGUUAGAAUACAUUUUGAUAUUGUUAUUCAGGACUUUUAAUCAACUAUGUGAGGGUCUCUUUUGCUUAUUGGUCCAAAUUAGCGGCACCUUUUGUUUAUGUCAUAUGUAAAUAUCUCAAAUGCUACAGUCGCCUUACGAAUGUGGAAAAAAGGUGUGGCCGGGAGUGGCUUUUUUAUUUACAUGUCGUUUUUUUAUGAUGAUUUUGACAUUGACACAACAAACAUUGAACAGGAUAGCUUUCGUGCUGUCAUUGCUAACAAUAGAGAACCAUGUCAGGCUAAUACACAAUAAAUUGAAUCACUAGUGAAAAGUUCCACAAUAAUUAUUUUUCUAAAUCUAUUCCAUCAUGUGUUCCUCCUACCAGCUAGCAUCU